AUGCCUUCUUCGGAUCGCCAAACUGCACUGGAUCUGUAUAAAUCUUCGGUGGAAUUGGAAGCUGAGCUUCGUCAGCUUUCAAAACAAAAGCCACCCUUUGAUAAACAAGUUGCAACUGUACGCACCAAACUACGAGAAAAUUAUGAAAGAAUUAUUUUUCUUGACUAUGAAUUUGCGCAGUCGAAAGAAGUUGAACAGAAUCUGUGGAAAUAUGUGUAUUAUAAAUUUAUUGAAGAAUUCAGGAAGAGGAUUCGCACUGCUGUUACCACCGGUGGAAAAUCUAAGAGUAUUCACCGCAAAUUGACAAGCUCGUUUCGUUCGUUCUUACAAGAAGCAACAGGAUUUUAUUAUUCUUUUAUUCAGAGACUUGCUGUUCAUUUUGAGUUGAAGCAACUGGAUCCUAUUAUCAAAAAGUUUGGACUAACAAUAGAGUCCACCAAUGCUUCUCAACAUUCUUAUUCUGACGAUAUUAAACAGAAAGCUGUACUUAGUUGUCAUAAAAGUCUUAUAUUUCUUGGUGAUUUGGCACGUUAUCGGGAAUUACAAACUGAGAAGCCGCGUAAAAAUUGGUCCACGGCAUGUGACUAUUAUAACCAUGCAAGGCAUCUUGUUCCUGAAAGUGGUAAUCCACAUAAUCAAUUAGCUGUAAUCGCAACCUACAGUGCUGAUGAAUUUUCUGCUGUAUACCAUUAUUAUCGGAGUCUUGUUGUUAGGUGCCCUUUUUUGACAGCCAAGGACAAUAUUAGUCUUUUGUUUCAUAAGGCUAGAAAGUCUUCAGCCGAUGCUCAAGAGAAAGGGCAAGGGACUCCUCAAAGAGACCAUAAAGAAAAUGGUAGUAGACGACGUUUUUCCCAUCAGCGUCAAGUACCGUCUGCAGCACAGUCAGCCAAAGUUCGAGCUGAUGAAGCUACGCAUGCUUUUUUUUCUGAUUUUAUCCGUUUGCACAGUAUUUUGUACUUUAGAACAGAUUUGGAAUCAUAUUCCGAGUUGAAAGCAUCUGUGCUGAAUCAAUUGAGAGAAAGUGUCCUUACACUCGCAUUGGAUCCUGAUCAACUCUUGAAAUUUACGGCCAUUAAUAUGGCAGCAUCAUUCGCCAUUAGAAAUAUUGUAAAUGGAGAUAGUAACAAUGUUAAUCAAAGUCCGAAAGCCUCCAUUUCAUAUUCUACAACCUCGAAAAAGGCUCUCGUAGAAAAAUAUGCCAUAUUAUUAACUUUGGAUUCACUUUCUACUUUAUUGGAGAUGUGUAACUCUGAAUUGUUAGACGUUGCGGUUGAAUGCUCGGAUCAAAGACAUAAUGCAGUUCAAAUUCUUCCUGCUCCUGUUAAAAGAAGUUUGAUAUCUCUUCGUGUGGGAACAAAAUGGGUUUACUCUUCUCUUGAACUUCUGACUUCAAUGUCUGCAUUGAUUGCGAAAGAUCCUAAUGUAAAGAAUGAGGUCGCAAACAUUGCUAAAUUUUGGCAACGAUUUGCCGAAUUUCUUAAUUCUUUGGAACGUUUGUUUCCUCAUGACAAAGGAAUUCCUCUUGAUGUUCCGCUAGCAGAAGAUUUUGAAUUGAAUGGGUUUUCUGGUUUAAAAAAUAAUAUAUUCGUGAAUGAACAAAAUUUUCUUAAUCAAGGAGAGCCCUUCGAAGAACUGGACAUGCGUAUCUAUGACAUAUUUGAGGAUGCAUACAAAAUUUCGGAAUCAGAGUUUUCCCAAUUAUUCUAUGUUGAUGGUGUUUUUAGCUCAGGUACACCACCCAGCAAGGCUGCAUCUCCUGCUAGUUCUUUGAGUCCUGUCCAAAAUCAAAUUACAGACCAAUCAUAUGUUGAAGAUAAAGUUGAGGCUCCUGAUUUAAUCACGGACCCUUAUGAGACUAAUUUAGCCGAGUCACAGUCCUUCGCAUCUAGUAGCCCUAAAAAGCUUACUAAUGAUUCUUCUGAAGAUGAUGAUGCGGAAGAAGAAGUGAUCUUAUUUACAGGAAGACAUUCUUCUGUGAUUGAAAACGGCAAUACAAAUGGCACUGUUAAUUCAGAAAAAACUUCCCCACGUCCUACUGCAGCUGAAGUCUUAUUGAGCCAAGUCUUAAAAUCCAAUAAACCAGUACCUUCAACAUUACCAGUUACGAAUUCAAUUAAUGAAUCAAAUUACUGGAAUCAAUUUAAUACAACCCAAUUAUUUCCGAACAGUAAUUUAAACGCUGAGAAUGUUGAGGCAAAAUCUGCAAAACAAAAUUCUUUAGAAUUUUUAUAUCCUGUGACUAGGCCUCCAACUAACAUGAACGGCAACACUGGUGCAUAUGCUCAAGCGCCAUUUUCCACGCAUACCACUAUUUCUGGAGUGCCAAAUGCUUCACAGGAUCCUCUUGUGCCUUCUACCAAACGUUUGUCUGGAGAAUUUAAACCCAUUACGCCACAUCAGCAGGCGACUACUAUAUCGAGCGCAUCAUUGUUUGCGUUUCCUGGUACUGAUGGUGGUGUUUCGCAAUUUGGUUUGUUUGGUGAUCCAAACACUAGCCUCCUUGGUUUCGGAACGCCCGGACACACUUACGCUAAGUCUAGCCUAUCAGUUAUCAAUCCACCACCUGGGUUCUCAUCUGAAUCAAAUGCAUUCGAUCUGCAUAAGCAUAGUCAACAAAAUAAUCAUUCUUUGUUCCAACCGUCCAAUGUAUUUGGAUUUUCUUCUUUCGAUAUGAGUACCCAAUUCCCAUGGAAACAGGGGGAAUAG